UACCCCUCACAAUAGUAGCGGAAAAAGUAACGGGAGAGAAAGUAGAGCGUGCGAGGAACGGAAGGACCCUCCGAGCGCGUGGCUAGGAGGUCUGGGGAAGGUGCACGAGAGCUGGAUCUUGCAGGACUUUUGCAGGACAGUGGCUGAAACAAGCGUGAGAGCGGCACAAUGUCACGAUCUGAUGAGCUGAACAAAAUGACAGAAAAUGUCUACAAGGGCAUCCUGGACCAGUUUAACCCCAGUCUGAAGAACUUUGUCACAAUGGGGAAGCAUUAUGAGAAAGCUCUGACAGGAGUAACCGUUGCAGCUAAGGGCUACUUUGAUGCACUGGUCAAACUCGGGGAACUGGCCAGUGACAGCCAAGGCUCCAAAGAACUGGGUGAUACACUGUUCCAGAUGGCUGAAGUGCACAGACAAAUCCAAGUGCAGUUAGAAGAUGUGCUGAAGCUGUUUCACUCCGAACUACUCUCGCAGCUGGAGCAGAAACUGGAUCUGGAUAUCAAAUACCUCACCGCAACCCUGAAGAAGUACCAGAAUGAGCGCAAGUCGAAGGCGGAGUCUAUCGAGCGCUGCCAAUCACAGCUAAAGAAGCUGCGCAGGAAGAGCCAGGUCGGCCGCCAUCCCAACAAAUACGGAGACCGAGAGAUGCAGUAUGUAGAAUUAAUGAGUCGUCGGCAGACCGAGCUGGAUACUCUGGUUGCUGUGGGUUACCGUUCAGCUCUGACUGAGGAGAGGAGGAGAUACUGCUUCCUGGUGGACCGCCAGUGUUCUGUCACCAAGCUGCUGAUCAACUACCACUGCAAGGUGCGGGAGCUUCUUUCCCAAAAGUUGUUGUCCUGGCAACAGUCCUGCUCCCAACCAACAAAACUACCGGAGCGCGCACUCAGCCUGCUACGCCAUACCACCCCCCAGUGCCCAGGGGCUGCUGGGAUAGCAGAGGUCCUCCGACAUGCCAAACUGGACAGUGCACAGUCUGGGGAACAGAGGUUGUCCAUCCAGGAAGUUCCUCCCCUACUGAACGGGGAGGCCAGCAGUCGCACCCGGCAGCAGCAGGGGGAAGGGACGUCCAGCUCGGCUGCUCCCGUUCCUCGCUCUCUGGCCCUUCCGUCUGCCACCGGCACACCGCAGCGCGCCCCUCAGAACGACUCCACCCACGAUGCCAGUACCGCCCCUCAGAACGACUCCACCCACGAUGCCAAUACCGCUGCAAGCCCCACCAGUUUCCAGCAGACCACUGUGCAGGCGGCGGGGAGUGUUUCCGGCCUGCAGUCUGCCCCAUUGGCUGUUUCUGCCUCUCUGUCCCUCAGCACCAGUUCUGCCCCGCCCCUCAGCUGCCUUCGGGGUCUGGCCCUUCCCUCCAACGCCCCCCACAGCCCACCGCUGCCCCACAGUGCACCGCUCUCCCGUGCCCUCACUCCUGUGCCCUUUGCCCUCCAGCGUGGCAGUGCCACCUCUCCCCCAGCCCAUAAUCCUCUGUUCCUCAAGGCCACUGAGCUCUAUGCAACAUCCACACUGCCGUUGCCACGGAAACAGCCCAGCGAGGUGCGGGCGGGGGUCUUUGGCUCUACUCUGCCCCGUGUACUCCCUCUCUCUGCUCCCUCUUGUGUGGAGGCACUGUUUCCCCACUCCCCAAGCUCAGCGGAAGGAGGCCUAGGAGGAGGAGGAGGAGGAGAAGGAGGAGGAGGAGGAGGAGGAGGCUCGUGCCUGCUCUCCUUCCGACCUGGGGAUGUUCUGAGCCUGCUGAUCAGUGAGCCACGGGACGGCUGGCACUAUGGACACAACCAGAGGACCGGAAGGAAAGGCUGGUUUCCCUUCUCCUACACUCAGGCGCUCCCAAACACACUGGAACAGCAGGAGAUCCCCUCUCCUCUGCUGUCGAAGGUGAACAGCACAAGCAUGGGGCAGCUGGACAGACUGCCCCCUGGUGGUGAGCUGCAGCAGGUCACCCUGGACUCAGAGGAGGAGGGGAGUGUGGCUUCGAAGCGUGUGAGCACUUUCCGACCUAGACCCUACAGCAUGGUUCUGGCUGAGCGCUCCUCCCCCCCUCCACCACCCACCAGGACCAAUCCAUUUGCUCAUAUUCGGCUGAGGAAGACGGUGACCAAUGAUCGCUCCGCUCCUCUCAUUGAGUAGGAUCUCUGUUUUCAUGUUGAAAUGGGUAUUGAAUAUGCAUUUAUUUUAUGCUAAUUUCAUGCAACAUAUGACAACACGUAUUAAUAAUUAUCUUAGAAAUGUUAGAGAGUAAAGCUCCUUCACUGUUGGCUGUAAGGACCUAAAACAUAUUUUGAAGUAUUUUGAAUCGCUCAGUAGCAAAAAAGAUAUAUCUGUGAAGUUAAACAUUUACAAUAUGUGAGCUUGAUUUCUUGAGUGAAUUUCUAAAUCUCCAUGAGCAUACAAUAGAUUUGAAGAAACAAAAAGUACAGUGAGUUUAAAAAUAACAAAAUGACUGUGUUUUAAAAUAACAGUCAUGCUAUAGUCGGUAUUCACACUGUAGGCUGGGUCGUGGCUGUGUGUGUGUGUUGUGCUGGGUCUUGUUUGUGGGGUGUGUGUGAGUGUUGGGGUGGAUCUUGGCUGU